CCUCUCCAAUGAAAUUCAAAGCUKCUUCUCUGUAUAACAGUGUGGUGCUCUGUGGGGUCUUGCUCUGUUUGGUGGUUCAGAGUAUGAGGAUAAAAUGAACAUAAUCACUAAAAUCUGGGUCCUACUUUUGUGGGCGCAAACACUGACCUUUGUGAAAUGUCAAGAGUGUUCCCUCGAUAAGUUUUUAAAAGGCCCAUUCUAUGAUUCCAAUUUUGACACAACUGGUAUGGCGGCAACAUAUCCCAGUGGAAAACAAYUGAGAGUGCCCUGCACUGUUGGCUACUCUGGCUUUUUCAAGCUGAUCUGUUCUGAGGGAAACUGGGUAACUAUGGGCUCAAAAUGCCAAGCAAAAUCAUGCGGCCAUCCCGGGGAAGCUCAGUUUGCAGAUUUUGAACUUGAAAUUGGAGACGAUUUUAUCUUUGGUUCACAAGUUCUUUAUAAGUGCCAAAAAGGGUAUCAUAUGGUCAGUCGAGCAAAUCGCCGGCGUUGCAAAGCAGACGGCUGGGAUGGGGUUAUUCCUGUGUGCGAACCCAUUCGUUGUCCAUCUUUUCAUGUUGCCUCAAACAUCCACAUCAUAGGGGAUCCAGAGGGAGCAAACUUUGGCAACGUAGUUCGGUUUAGCUGCAAGUCGAGCAGUGAAAUCUUGAAAGGAUCACCUGAGGUUUAUUGUGAUGAAAAUGGAGAGUGGGUUGGUCGAAUUCCAAGUUGUGAAGGUGUAAGACCUUGUACAAAACCUGAAAUUCCAAAUGGAUUCUCUGUCGACCCAAUCAACAACACAUUGUAUUAUUCCUGUAAUGAAGGUUAUAAACUUUCAACCAAAGGAUGGUGGGGGGAGGCCAAAUGUAAUGAUGGUGMUUGGUCUGGUCUCCAAACAUGUACAGAAAAUAGUUUGUGUGGAGAAGCUCCUGAGUUUCCUAAUGGAAGAAUGAGACGUAGUCUACAACCUGGAGGGCGUGAAACCUUUGAAAUUGAUUGUAAUAACGGAUACAGAGCUAAUACAGACCAGCCACCUUGUAAUGAUGGAGUCUGGGAUAUAGAAGCCCUGAAAACAACCUGCAGCCCUAUUGCUGAACUCUGCGGCCCGCCACCUAAAGUUAAGAAUACAGUUAUUAGGACAUUUUAUGAGAAGACAUACUUGUCAGACUCUUCGGUAACUUAUGAAUGCCGUGAAAGGUAUGAGAUGAAGGGAGACGGCACAAUUACAUGCAACAAUGGAAACUGGGAGGAGAAGAACAUCACCUGUAUUCGUUCUGUUUGUGGGGAGCCACCACUACUUGAAAAUGGAGACACUGUGGAGAUAAAUAAAGCAGAGUACGAACCAAAUGAAAGAGUUGAAUACAGGUGUCAAGAUAGAUACUUAAUACAAGGUGGGCCGUAUAAAACCUGUAACAGAGGCACAUGGACUGGAGAGAUCAAAUGUCUCA